AUGUUUGUGCUUGGGGACGUUGAGAUGUUGCAACCUGCCCAGAGGUCCUGCACGUCGCAACUCGUUGAAAAUAUGACGAGUUUCGACUGCAGGAGCACUCCGCAGAUUGCCACACACCCAACUAUCCCGGGCACGAGUACCACACGGGAUGAAAGGGGUGCGGGGGGCGCUGGUGGGGCGGGUGUCGUAUGGAUUCCACGGCCAUCUCACCUCGUCCAGGAUGAAGCUAAGGUGCAUCUUCUUGCGCAUCGGCAUGUUGAUCACGUUCUCGACGUCGACGUCGAUGGCGGCGGCUGCGGUCGUCGGCCAUCUUUAUCAUACCAUCGUCGCUGGCCUCGAUCAUCUUCAUGGGUUCGUAGUUGGUCGACGGAAGCAUGAGCAUCGAGACCUUGCCCGUCAUGGCCACGUUCGCGUCGCCGCCGAGCGCGUCCUCGGCGUGGCUUGCCUUGUACCGACGCGAGUG